UUAUCAAGUAGACGAAUCGAUAUUAGAUAUUGGAAGCGCCGCGUUAUUUCGAGUGCGCGUCACAUUUGUCCACGUAUAUUGUUUCGUGCUGUUGCGGGACGAAAUGGUCUCUGUAUCGCCAACAAAACAUGAAAUAGUUACAAUUUUAAAUAAGCUUAAGUCUUUGCCGUGCAACAAGCAAUGCUUUGACUGUGGUGCCACAAAUCCAACAUGGGCUAGUGUUACCUACGGUGUUUUUCUUUGUAUUGACUGUUCGGCAGUCCACCGUUCACUUGGAGUCCAUCUAAGUUUCAUUCGAUCGACUCAGCUAGAUACUAACUGGACUUGGGUCCAGUUGCGCGCAAUGCAAGUUGGUGGCAAUCAAAAUGCGCUUACUUUCUUCUCCCAAAAUAAUUGUCGUUCCCUGGAUGCUCAGGAAAAAUACCAAAGUCGUGCUUCCCAACUGUACCGUGCUAAGCUGGAAAAACUUGCUAUUGACGCUGUUAAGACCCAUGGUAACAAGUUAACUCUGGAACUUGAUGAAGGAAAAUUCAAACGUGAUCAGGUGGCUGACUUUUUUGAGGAACAUACUGAAAGUGGUACGACUGACAUUAGAAAUGAUGAACCUGUGAUAGUAACAACAAAAAUGAAUCUGGAACAGUCAGUUGGGCCUACCGUUGAUAAUCUAUUCAAUUCUCCUGUAUCUGAACCUGGUCCUACAAAAAUACCUUCUGUAAUUGGAACUAGGAAACCGAAUACUACACGGUCUAGUGCUAAAAAAGGUGGAUUGGGGGCAUCAAAGGUGAAAGCUGAUUUCUCUGCCAUCGUUUCGGCUGCCGAACGUGCUGAUAUUGAAAAAAAAUGUCAGAUUCGUUCAACUGACCAGGAUUUAGAAGAUAAGGAAAAACGUAAUGAAGAACGACUUGCGUCACUUCGAUUAGCGUAUAAAGAUAUUACCGAUGGGUGUGAAAGGCAAGACACUGCCAACUUGAAAUCUACAGACUCUCAACGUGCCAAACAAGCUGAACGCCUUGGUAUGGGUAAAAUAGGUACAGGCAACAGAGAAAUAUCGCACUCAGCAUUUGCAAAUAUUCAAAAAAUAGAGCAAGAAAACUCAGCUCCCACCCACACUUCAUCGCUAAGUUCAAAUUUGGACCCUUUCUUCAUUUCAAGUUACAGUAAUAGAGACCGUGAUACACGCAAUUUUUUGGAUUCUGGAGAUGAUAAUUUAUUCGGAGGCUCUGCGACGUAUGGUAUGAAUGGCGGAUGGUCAAAAAAUAAAUCAAGGGACAAUGACUGGGAUGGGCAUUUUUCAGAUCCUUUUAACCAAAAGCCAAACAGAACACGUGAUUUGUCUACUGUUGCUGAUGAAUUUCCAACUAAAUCACCCAGCAAACAGCCUACAUCUCUUUCGUCUAAACAAUCAGAAACUAAUCCAGAUCUAAGUGAAUUAAUGAAGAAGUUUGCCAAUGCGACUUCUAUAUCGUCGGAUGCGUUUUUUGACCGGAAUGAUGUAAGCCUAAAUGGACUAAUAUGUUUAUCUUUGGUUUUUAAUUUCACAUCGUAUUUCUGCCAUAACCUAUAUCUGACAAUCCUUGAAGGUUCCUUACAUGCCUACGUUUCUCAUAGAAAUUGGUAGUUUGAAGAAUCUAUUUAUAUCGUAAUCAUGAAAGGUUACAUUAUUUAUCCCUAUACUUUUGUAAGAUGUAUAUUUAGUUGGACACCAUCUACAGAAUUAAGAUAAUUAAGCGUGUUUUCAUGUCAAAGACUUGUCUGAACAGCGAGAUUGUUUCGAAAAUUCUUUCUAUUACUAGAUAACAACAUCUGAAAUGACUGACGGAAUACAGAAAUACUUGAUAGUUGACUCGGUUCCUCCCAUUACUCUCACACUCCUUUAGAGUCACACCAGAUUUUUUGUGCAUAAUCAUUUCUGUCUUAUCAGAACUCACUAAUUUUCAUCCUAUAUCUUCGGUUAGUUCUUAAUAUGUUUAUUUUGUUUACUGAUUUCAUUUCCACUAUUAAUACUAAAAUUCAAGAUACUCACUUUUCCUCAGAUUCAAUGGCUGUCUCGUGUUGACUUACAACGAUAUGAACAACCAAAUGUUUUUGAGCUGUUAACUCAAAUGUUCAUAACUCACAAAUGACCAUUCUCUACGUAAAGCCGUGAAAUUUUCUAUUAGCUGGCCCCGAAGCUGUGGAUAAAUUUUAAACAUAUGAAUAUUACAACAUCACCUUUCGUUUAUUAUUUUCUAACCACUAUUUUGUUCAACUAAGUUGGGCUGAUCGAUGAUGACAAUUAAAACAACUGAUCUACAACCAAAUGUCACCUGUUGUAGAUUAAACGUUUUGAUUUACAAUGUGAAUGUGUUUUGGAUUGGUAUUAUAAAUGAAUGUUAAUCAAUUAGUGAAAUGUGAUAAUACGAUUUGGUCGAGUAAUAGCUAUGUAUGAGAUUAUUGACACAAACCUCCCAAACAACAAAUAGCAAAAGAGGAAAUAAAUCCCCAGCAGAUUAGGCUUUUUCUUUAGUAAAAUAGCCUGGCUAUUUCCAAAAUACUAACGCUUAUAUAAAUGAGUUAGUGCUAUAAGUGAUUGAAUUACAUCAAUUUAGGAUGUGUUGCUAAUGGCUUAACCAUCUCAGUCAUGUUACGUUAUUUUUAUACUAUCUGUCAUAGCUAGUUUGGUCCGACUAAAUAUUUUCCAAUAAAAACCCUCAGUAAGUUGACCUAUUUCUUUUUACAUAUUACGGUGACAGAUACUAUGAAAAAUCUCUUGAUUAGCAGAGCCGAAUAGUGCCUUCUGUCCAAAGAAUAUGGAUGCAAUCAAAGAGGAACACGCAUUCCAGUUUAUAUAAACCGCUGUGACAUUAUAACAAACAAGAGUAGCAUCUAUAUUUGAAAUUGCUGCAAAUUGUGUGCAAGUUAUGUUAACAAUUGUCUGUAUAGAUCAAAUUAUCUCGCUUAUUCUUAAUAGACAAGUUGCCUACGUCAUUCUCUCUAGAAAACUAAUAAAAUAUCUUUUUAUUUAUGUUCACAUGUUUUUAAGAAGUUCAGUUCGUCGUAAUUGAGUUACCAUUAUGUAAAAACUAUGUUCUUUAAAAGGUGAUAGUUGAAUUAAUCAGCCUUUAUGUUUGUUUUUCUAUCCUUCGAAGGUUCUAUAUAUGUGCGAUAUCUAUUUAUUCACUUGUUUUUCACUUAUACUAGUCUGAAUCUGAUGGGCUCUCAAGAUUUCAUGGGAGUUCAUCUAUUUCGAGUGAUGAUUAUUUUGGUCAUCCUAAAGUGCGACAGUCUCAGGUAUCUAAUGAAUUACAAAAUAUCAAAGAUGGUGUCAAGCAAAGUGUUACUAAAGUUGCUGGACGGCUGUCAAAUCUGGCAACUGACGUAGUACACACUCUUCAAGAUCGAUUCGGUUAGUUGCUUCCAGCUUUUUAAUGCUUUCAGUCAGCUUGUGGGCCUUUCAGUCAAUAUUCUGGUUUAGAUGCCAAUCUUCUCUUCGUUUUCGGCCACGAUCGGGGUUCAGGACAUUCCUUUUUUCCGGUUAUCUAUUAUUAAAGCUUUUGUUAUCUUUUGUUUUAUUCAUCUCUCCAGAGAUAAUAAGUUAGUUAAUCCUAGUUGACUGUAAGAGCCAUUUUGUUUAGUGGAUGAUAUAAAUCGAAGUUUUGUAAAACAUAUUUUUGGUUGUAAACACCAAGUAAACCAUAGUUUCUGGGGUGAUUGUUGUCUUGAAAUGCCUCCUAUUAUUGACGGAAAUUAUUAUAACGUGAUUGCUUUAUUCAUGUGAAUCGCUCUCCUUUUCGUAUGUAUCGAAUAAUCUAUACACCAAUGUUUCUAGCAUGAUUAUCGCAACAUCUGUGGAUAGGAAAAACAUAAACAAAGAAAUUGACGGAUUAAUAUUGAUAUAUUUGACCUUAUUAUUGACACUUUCAUAACACAUAUUGAUAUGAGUAAUGUUUCGUCCUGGUAUAUGACUCGAGUGCGUGUCUACAAUCCUACCAAGGAUCAAAUCUAGAAAAUAAAAAAUACAGUAGCAUAUACCAUUAGUUAAAGAUAUGUCCUCCAAUGGUAAUCUUGACAUACUAAGAAGUCUUUGUGUUUAAUAAAGAACGUUCGUGUGUAGAGCGGUGAAAAUUGUCCGGAAGAUUUUGUGAUGUUCUACGUUUCUUUCAGUCCUAUAGGACUGAUAUUUUGUUGAUCAUAAAUAUUGGCUAUCUACAUGCAAGUUCUAUGAAAUGUAUCAGAGGAACUACUCAUCUGUUGAGUAUACAAAUGUCAUUACUAAGCUCGUAUUGAUGAAUUAUUACUGUGCUGAAGGUCCUCACGAAACUGGAUGUAAUUCAAAAUAUUUAAUGGGGGAGAGGUAUCAACAUGAGCAUUGUCAACAUUUAGGGACAAAUGCUUAAAUGUAAAAACGAUGUUAUGGGUUUCACAGAUCAUGUGAUUCGUAACUAAUGUUAUUUCACUUGUAGGUAUCAUUACCAAGGUUUGACCUGAUAAUUUCGAAUAAAUUGAGUAUUAGAUACUUUGUUAUAAAUAAAUUAAUAUUUUUAAUGUCCCAAUGAGAAGAAAAAUUAGAUUUUCUGACAUUUCCUGACUCAGUGUAAGCCAAAUAUAUUAAUUUAUAAUAUUAUUGCACUGUUUGGCUGAUUAUGACUUCUUUUGAUCUUACGGUCUUAGGUCUUCCUUUUUUAUUGUGAAACUAGACUUACGGUUUUGUACAUAUGAUAGCUAAGCCGUUUCACCGAUAAUUUCUACCUUGGAUUAGACAAUAUAUUAUGAAUUAGAAAACACAUUUAAGGCGGUGGUAAAAAAAGUUACCAGUUUUCAGUUAACGAACGAACCCUAACCAUUCCUGUCAGAUAAUUCGAACGAUAUUUGGAGAAUUACAGCACUAAACACCAUCAUCGGGUACUACUAACACAAGGUACAUGUUCUGAUUGUUUUAUUCACGAAAUAGUGCUCCCAACUGAACUACAACUUUUGAUCCAAUUCGUUUCGUUAACGAACUCACCAAAUAUGAUAGUUUAAAUAUAACCGUUUUGCUGCUAUUUAUUGUGAUUGAAUGAUAAUUUUUUUAAUAUUACUUGAUUAAAGGUACGUAUUGUAGCCUUGAAUUGUUCACUUGAAAACCUGGAAGUACUAAACGGCCGUUUCGUCCUAGUAUGGUCGCGCAAGAUCAUGGACCGAUUCAAGCUAGACAAUAACACCGUUGAAUGCGUGCUCAUUGUUCUAGAGGUUACGCGGGAUCGUGGAUCCGCUCUGCUGAUGAGUCCCAUACUUGGACGAGACGGACGUCCAGGUUUUCAGUGGUGGUUUAACAUUGAUCGGUUCAUGAUCCCAAUGAAAAUAUAGCUCACAUUGUAAGCUUCAGCUUCACCUUGUAUACCCUUAAGUUCAUGGGAGUUUUAUUAUUUAUUUGAUUAGACACAUUCUCUUAAACCUGUAAAGAUAACAGAAAGAACUAGCUUAACGCUGAAACAAUUCAUUACUUAUAAAUAAAUUAGUACAGCUUUAUUUAGAACGGAUUGAGUGAUUUUUCAAUAGAAUGUUAUCUUUCUACUUAUUGGGCUUGCAUAAAUAUUGCUUCUUCUUUUAUAAUCGGUACAGUUUUUCAAAUGGUAACCAGAAUUUUCGGCAUAAAGCUGUCAUUGAUACAAAGGUAUUGUUUUUAGAAUUCUUAUUUGUAAAUAAAAGAAUUUCUUUCGAUCGGCCAUGUAAGCUCUGAAACGAAAAAGAAACACGUCGACUUUUAUAAUUGUAUACUAACGAUCAUUGACUACGUAAAACUACCUGACAAGUUGGGGAGCUUUGAUGUGAAUGGUUUCCUUUUGUAAUAUUUCGUCCAGUCAUACUCUGUCAAUGUUGUUGACAUGGAAAUUUAGGUCUUAUUGUUAGCUGAAUGAAAAGCCUCUAAUCCCUCAAAUAAUAUCGUAGAAUAUGCUUCGGGAAAUUCGCCUAAUAUAUAUGAUCUUCGAAGUAUAUUAUCUUGAAGUAGUUUUAUCAUAAAAUAUAUUUCAUCUUGUAUUAA